AUGUUGAAACAAGUGAAAAAACGCAUGCAGUGUAAUCCUAACGAUUAUUUACGAUUGAACUUACGUCACCCCUCUUUAGAUUCUGAGAUUUGGUACGAAUUUACUCAAUGUAAGAAUCUGAACGAAGCUACCAUUUUAGAUAAAGUUCAGGCAGUGCAACAAUCGAAAAAAGAAUUUACUAUCACGGACGGAUCUGCGGAAUUUGAAUUGUUUCAUGUCAAAUAUCCUCAGGGGAGCGGGGGUCAAUCUGUAAAACACUUACAUUCCAACAAAGAAAAGUUUAAGAAAGGAAAAAGAUCUGUAUUGAAAAUUGAAAAUCUAGGUGAUCAUCUCUGUCUCCCUCGAGCUAUUGUCGUAGCUCGAUUACACAGUCAGCGCCCCACGGAUCCCUUGGAAUUACCCGGUUGGAAGAAACAGUGGGAUCGUAUCAAAAGGAAGGACAUUCUUUCCCCGCAGCAGAAAAAACAAGCUUUAGAGUUGAUGAAACAGGCUCAAUGUGAUCCUCAUUUACCCUGUGGCCCCGAGGAAUGGAACAAGUUACAAGAGGGGACACGCCUUGCCCCCCAGAUGGUAGUAGCAUUUAUUGUUCUGAUUGUAAAGGUUAUUUUAAAAGCAAGAUUUGUCACGACAGACAUUUACAACCCUGCAGUGGAAAGAAAACGAAAGACUAUACAGAAUUUGGUACAAGUCAAUCCAUUUCAAGAAGCCAUUACUUUUGCCAGUACCGCUAAUUUAGCCUACCGGAGAGGAUUCAUGCCCCAAGACAGUGUUGCCAUCAUUCCUAAUUUGGGAUACGACCCAGCUCGACAAUUUUCAAUGAAAGCUUGUCGUUGGCUAGCUUGGAUGAGUCGCGACGGUCCAGUUAUUCGGCAUGCUAAAAAUGGUGGAGAAAUAAACUUAGGCCCUUAUACCGUAGACGGAUACGACCCAGAAUCCAAUACCGUGUACGAAUUCUAUGGCUGUUAUUGGCACGGAUGCCCUAAAUGUCAUCCUGAAUUAGAAAAUGAAAAUCAUCCUCAUCGAAUAGAUUGUACCUACGGUACUUUGUACGAAGAGACCUUAAUUAGAGAACAUCAUUUGAGAGAACAGGGAUACCAGGUAGUUUCUAUUUGGGAACACGAUUUUGAUAUGGAAAUGAAAAAGAAUUCCGAUCUGCGAGGGUUUGUGGACUAUUUAAAUUUUCAAGAUCCUUUGAAUCCUCGGGAAGCUUUGUAUGGGGGGCGCACUAAUGCCACUCGAUUGUUUUGUACCGAGGGAGACAUGAGAUAUGUAGAUGUUUGUUCUUUAUACCCUUUUGUUUUAAAAUAUAAACCUUUUCCCAUGGGUCAUCCAGAAAUCAUCGCGGAGAACUUUGAGGAGAUUUCUAAUUAUUUUGGUUUGAUUCAAUGUCAGGUCUUACCCCCGCGGGGUCUCUAUCACCCCGUUUUACCCUAUCGCAAUGGAGGAAAAUUACUGUUUCCUUUAUGUCGCACUUGUGCCCAAGAACUUUGUCAAGAUCCUCAUUAUCGCUGUCAGCAUUCAGAGGCUGAACGCUGUAUAACGGGAACCUGGGUGACUGUCGAACUUCAAAAAGCUAUAGAAUGUGGAUACGAGUUAAAGAAAAUUUACGAAGUGUGGCAUUUUCCUCAAAAGAGUCAAGAUUUAUUUCGUAGUUACAUCGAUACCUUUUUGAAAAUCAAACAGGAAGCCUCUGGAUAUCCCCCCGAUUGUGAGACCGAGGAACAACAGAGUGCUUACAUCCACGAUAUUUUUGAGAGAGAGAGAUUGAUGCUGAAUCCUUUAGAAAUUGAGAAAAAUCCCGUGAAACGAACUAUUGCCAAGUUAUUUUUGAAUUGUUUGUGGGGAAAAUUUGCUCAGCGACUUCAAUUACCUAAAAUUGAAUAUUUGAGCGAAGAAGAACAAUUGACGAAAAUGUUACAGGACAGUACCCUGGAAGUCAAAGGAAUUGAAUUAUUAAACAACGUGAAUAAACCCGAAUGCGACCUGAUCUUGAUUAAUUACUUGGAAAAACAGGAUUUCAUCGAAGACUGCCCCUUUGGAAACGUUGUAUUAGCUGCGUUUACUACCGCUCAUGCUCGUUUACAUUUAUACGACACCUUAGAAAAAUUAGGAGAUCGUGCUCUUUAUUUUGAUACCGACAGUAUUAUUUAUCAACACGUGGAAGGGGAAUAUAAUCCUACUAUUGUCAAUAGUUUAGGAGGAUGGACCGACGAACUAGAGGGGAGCCACAUUACCAAAUUCAUGUCGGGAGGGCCUAAGAAUUAUGCGUUUGAAACCGAUACUGGAAAGUCCGUGCAAAAAGUCAAAGGCAUCACUUUAAAUCAUCGAGCCUCUCAAAUCGUGACGAUGAAAGCUUUGGAGAAAAUGAUUUUUAAAGAAUUGGAUGAAGUCACCGUGACUUAUCCUCAUAAAAUUCAGAGAACCAAGAGACAUGAAUUAUUGACUAAACGUUUUACUAAGAAAUAUCAAAUUGUAUAUGAUAAACGGCAGAUCAUUAAUGAUUUUAAAACACUUCCUUUUGGUUAUUAA